AUGUCGUCAACCUCGCCCUCCAAGGAACCGGAGAUCGAACCCGAGGUGCAAUCUGGCGAAGACCAGGAACAAAUGGACAAAGACCAACAAGAUGCUCUGGCGCAAGGACAGAGUGAGUUCGAAGUGAAAGAACAAGAUCGGUGGCUUCCGAUUGCAAAUGUUGCACGCAUCAUGAAGUUGGCUCUGCCCGAUAAUGCUAAGAUUGCUAAAGAAGCCAAGGAGUGCAUGCAAGAGUGCGUGAGCGAGUUCAUCUCUUUCAUCACCAGUGAGGCAUCGGAAAAAUGCCAACAGGAAAAGCGAAAGACAGUCAACGGCGAGGAUAUCUUGUUCGCUAUGACUUCGCUUGGUUUCGAGAACUACGCCGAGGCCUUGAAGAUCUAUCUUUCCAAAUAUCGUGAGACUCAAUCCGCACGAGGAGAGAAUCAGCAACGACCCCAGAGCAGUGGAUAUGGCGGUUCAGGAGUCGUUGGACCCUCUGGCUCUGUUCAAGGUCGCCCUCCUGGAUUCCCCGAAGAUGGUUCCAACAGUAUCUUAAACCCUGGCCUGGACCCAUCAGAGCAGGAUGGAACUGCUUUUGGAUACCCUCCCAUGGUUAACUCAUCCCACAAUGGUGCGGGCGGGGAUACCUUUUAA